AUGGGUUUAAAACUAUUCCUAAAAUUGCUUUACCCUUCACAGUUUCAAGAUUUCCUCUUUCUUUUUCUAGACCUGUCUUCCCUCAGCUACUUCCUUUUCUGCUCUCUCUCCUCUGUUUCUCUCUCAUCAAAUUUUAGCCAUAGCCAUAGCCAUAGAAGCUUCAUCAUAGACCAACCCCCUCAAAAAAAAUAUAUAUAUAUAUUGCCUUUUUAAUCUCUUUUCUCCAGAAUUUCUUCACUGGGUUUCAUUUUCUGUGUUCAAAUUCUGAUUCUAAUGGCGAGAGAAAUUCAGGGUUUGUUUUCUUCUCAAUAACAAAGAGUAGAAAAAAAUAAAAUUUGAAACUUUUUUUUCCUCUCUGUUUUGCUGUGUUUUCUGAAGAACGAUCUAAAAGAGGAGGAAGAAGAAGUGAUGAUGUUGGAUCUCAACGAUUCGAUUACGAACCGUGACGAAACGACGACGAAUCGGAUCGUAAUGGAAGAAUCAGAGACUUCAAAUUCCUCCGUCGUUAAUGCCGCCGACGAGGUUUCCAACAGCAGAGAUGAAGAUUCCUCUGUUUUAAUCUUCGAUAUUCUCAAGAGAGAAAGUUCCGGCGGCGGCAGCGGCGGCGGCGCGUCGCUGGAAUUGGUGACUCAGACGCUUUUCCCGGUGGUCGGAGGAUGGGGGGAUUCUGGGUCUCCAGUGCCCAGAACCCAUUGGUUGAACUUGUCGUCGACGGCGGAUUCCGGCGGCGGCGGUGGACCGCCGGAGUUGAGAAUUGUGCAGCAGAAACAGCAGCAGGUGAGGAAAAGCCGCCGUGGGCCUCGCUCCCGGAGCUCGCAGUACCGGGGAGUUACCUUUUACCGGCGAACUGGAAGAUGGGAAUCUCAUAUUUGGGAUUGUGGGAAACAAGUUUAUUUGGGUGGGUUUGACACAGCCCAUACUGCAGCAAGGGCUUAUGAUCGAGCAGCAAUAAAGUUUAGGGGAGCCGAUGCAGACAUAAAUUUCAAUAUAAGUGAUUACGAUGAAGAUAUGAAACAAAUGAAGAAUCUUAGCAAAGAAGAGUUUGUACAUGUUCUUCGUCGCCAGAGCACUGGAUUUUCUCGUGGAGGAUCCAAGUUAAGAGGAUUGUCUCUUCAAAAAUAUGGAAGAUGGGAAAAUCAAAUGACUCAAGUCAUUGGGAAGAAUGGAAUUGAGCAAAGAUCUUCCAAAGGGGAGACAAUGGUGGAUGCAAGCAAUGGAGGCAAUAAUGGGCAUAAUCUUGAUCUCAGCAUUGGAGGAAUUUUCAACUACCAUUUUAGUAAUUCUCCUCAAAAGCUCAACAUUGAGAGACCAAAGAAUGAAAACAAUGGUUAUGCAUGUGGUGUGGCUGGACAACAACCUCAUAUUCCUCCUUCUAUGUGGUCUAGUUUUUACUCUGGUUUUUUAGCAGAUAAUGAGGAAAGAGGGAGAGAAAAGAGAAACAACAACCCGACAAAGAUCCCUACAAAUUGGGGAUGGCAAAUGCCAACGUCAACACCGAUGUCAAUGCCAAUGACAAUUCAAGGAAACACGAGUGAAAAAAACAUCUAUAAUAAUAAUAUGAUUAGUAAUGGAAUAAUAGUGAGAGAAGAAGCUCGUGCUUCCAAGAUUGUUGCAGCAUCAUCAGGAUUCUCUUCCUCUUCUAAUUUUGGUUCAAUUUAUGCUCAAAACAACACUGCCCUCCACAGUACUCACUGCCCCAAUAUUUCUUAACAAGUAUUAUUAUUAUUAUAAUUAUUAUUUUGUGUGUUUUUUUUUUGGAGCUAAUGAGAGAAGAAAUUAAUUAUUAUUUAUUAAGUCCAACCCCAAAUUAAUGUUUAUUUUCCAUUUUUUUCUAGGGGAAAAUUUGGAGUUUAUUCCUGUGUACAUUAUAUAAUUAAAAAGCAUGAUUUGAGGUUGGUUGCUUUUUGUGUAUCCAAUUUGUAUUCUCAUUCCAUUAUUGGAAGUUUUUCUUUUCUUUUC